GGGGCAGGCGGGUCAGAGGAGAUCCCCGAGGGGGCGGGGGGCCCCGGCCAUGGGCACCCAGGUGCUGCAGAUCCUGCGCCAGGGCGUGUGGGCCUCCCUGACGGGCGGCUGGUUCUUCGACCCGCACCAGAGCACCUUCUCCAACUGCUUCCACCUCUACGCCUGGCUCUUCUUGCUCGUCCUCCCCUUCCUGCUCUACAUGGUGCUGCCCCCCAGCAGGCUGGUGGCCGGUAUGUACUGUGCUGUGGUCGGCGUCUUCUUCACCAUCAUCAAGACUGUCAACUACCGGCUGCACACCAUGUUCGACCAGGGCGAGAUCGUGGAGAAAGGAGGCGCUGUGCUGCCCGACGGGGCCAAGGCCGAGGAGGGGGAUGCGGGCGAUGAUGGCAACAUGCCCAGGGACCCGGGUGGGAGUGUUGAGAUGACGGUGUUCAGGAAGGCCAGCUCCACACCGCCCGUGCGCUGUAGCUCCCAGCACUCCGUCUUCGGCUUCAACCAAGUCAUGGAGCUGCUGCCCCACCUGGAAGAUGCUGGAGCCCGACGAGACAUCAAGGAGCUGGUGAGGGCCCAGGGGAGCAACAACGUCAUCGUCACCUCGGCCGACCGCGCACUGCUAAAGCGCCGCCAGCAAGAUGACCCCAUUGGUGACUCCCCCCCCGAUGGCCUGCCUGGGGGUCCCUCCGGCAACUCACCCCCUACCCCUGCACCUCCGGACCCUCUUCUCCAGCCCCUCCCUCCAGCCCCUUCCUCAGUGCCCAGCACAGACUCCUCGGAGCCCUCCCCAGGGAGCCGCUGGACAGGCGAGAGCCCCAUCGAGGCUCCCCCCAGCCCCCUGCUGCCUGGUGGCCUGAGCCAAAGUUUCCUGAGCCUGGCACUGCCCGGAGGACCCCGCUACCGGCCCCUGGAGGGGCCGGGCCCCGAGCACCCUCCUCCCCCACAGGCCGGCUCCUCUGACAGCUGCUUCAGUGGCACUGACAAGGAGACGCCCAGCACCCGCAGCAGCUACCGCAGCGAGCAGACCCACUCCACCCAGCUGGACAGCCCCCCUGGGCGGGUCCCAGCACCCCCCGCUGGCAGCGACACGGAGCCCCCCUCGGACGGAGACCUGCCCCGCUCCCCUCCACCGCCGGCUGAGCCCGUGGUGAGGCCCAAGGAGCUGGCCUUGCGGCGGGGAAAACCAAGCGGACGCCGGCGCCGGAGACCUGGAGGCCGGAGCCUGGAGCCUGGAGGGGCGUUCACAGAGGACGAGGACUCCAGUGAGGGCAGUGAGGACUCCAGCCUGCGCUCCCAGCGCCCCUAUAGCUCUGACAGCUCCUCUUCCACCUCCGAGAGCUCUGAUCCCAACCUCUGGCUCAUCCCUUGUCUCCCUACAGCAGGGCCAGGUGGGGAUGAGAGCCGGCGGGAGAGAGCCAGCAGUGUGCGGCGCUCCCAGGCCAUGCGGCGGCGGCACAACGCAGGCAGCAACCCCACACCCCCCUCCUCCGUCAUGGGGUCGCCACCCAGCCUGCAGGGCCUGCACCGGGGCCUGGCAGCCUCUCAUGGGCGGGCACUGACGCUGCCCUCGGCCCUGCAGUUCGCCAGCUCGCUGCUGCUGCCACGCGGUGCUAUCCACGAGGCCUGCACCUUUGACGACACUUCUGAGGGUGCCGUACACUACUUCUAUGACGAGAGCGGCGUGCGGCGCUCCUACACCUUUGGCCUGGCAGGUGGCGGGUACGAGAACCCCAUGGGGCAGCAGGUUGGUGCCGAGCACACGGGGAACAGCGCUUGGGACCGGCACUCGCACUCAUCCAGCUUCAACUCAACGGAGGUGGCCGAGGGUGGGGGGCCCGGCCUGGCUCUGCUCCAGCCCCGGCCUGUGGUGCUCCAGGGGAUGCAGGUGCGGCGCGUCCCUCUGGAGAUCCCCGAGUUCGACCUGCUGGACCAGGAGUCUCUGCACGAGUCGCAGGAGCACGCGCUGAUGAUGGAGGGGCGCGGCCGCCCCCGGCACUGCUACAAGUACUGGCUACUGCCUGGGCGUUGGGUGCGGGUGCGCUACGACCGCCUUGCCCUGCUGGCCCUGCUCGACCGGCACCGGGGCGUGAUGGAGAACAUCUUUGUGGUCGCUCUGGUGGUCCUGGUGGCCUUUCUGGGCUACCUGCUGCUGCUUCAGGGCUUCUUCAGGGACAUCUGGGUCUUCCAGUUCUGCGUGGUCAUCGCUAGCUGCCAGUACUCGCUGCUCAAGAGUGUCCAGCCUGACGCCGCAUCUCCCAUGCAUGGUCACAACUGGAUCAUUGCCUAUAGCCGUCCUGUCUACUUCUGCGUGGCCUGUAUUGUCAUCUGGGGGCUGGACUUGUGCGCCCGUGCCCCACCCCUGCCCCCUGCUACCCUCUACGGCCUGGCCCUCUUCUCCCCUGGCUUCUUCCAGGCUGCCCGUGAUGCCACCACUGUUUUCACCCUCUGUUUUCCCAUCGUCUUCCUUCUUGGGCUCCUGCCCCAGGUCAACACUUGCCUCAUGUACGUCCUGGAGCAGCUGGACAUGCACCUCUUCGGGGGCACGGCUGCCACCAGCCCCCUCUCAGCCCUGUAUAGCCUCCUGCGCAGUCUCCUUGUCGCCACCUUCCUCUACGGAUUCUGCCUCGGCGCCAUCAAGGUGCCGUGGAGUGACCAGCAUGUGCCCGUCCUGUUCUCUGUGUUCUGUGGUCUCUUGGUCGCCCUCUGCUACCACCUCAGCCGCCAGAGCAGUGACCCCACCGUGCUCUGGUCCCUGGUCCGUGCCAAGCUGUUCCCGGAGUUCGAGAACCGCAGCCCCGAGAGCCCCCCCGGCGUGCAGGACCCCCUGCCCGAGAAGCUGCGCAGCUCCCUGCGGGAGAUCCUCUACUCGGACCUGGUGAUGUGCGUGGUCAUCGCUGUGCUCACCUUCGCCAUCAGUGCUAGCACUGUCUUCAUCGCCCUCAAGUCGGUGCUGGGCUACGUGCUGUAUGCCCUGGCCGGGCUGGUCGGCUUCCUCGCCCACUACCUGCUGCCCCAGCUCCGCAAGCAGCUGCCCUGGGUCUGCCUCGCCGUGCCGGUGCUGAAGCCCCAUGAGUACAGCCAGUUCGAAGUGCGCGGUGCGGCCCAGCUGAUGUGGUUCGAGAAGCUGUACGUCUGGCUGCAGUGUGCGGAGAAGUAUGCGCUGUACCCGGCUGUGGUCCUCUACGCUCUCACCCUGGACGCCCAGGCUGCCAGCGCCCCCCAGCCCGGCACCCCCUGCCUCUACUGCCGUGCCCUGCUGCUGACCGUGGCAGGGAUGAAGCUUCUGCGCGGGGCGUUCUGCUGCCCCCCCCAACAGUGCGGGACCCUCUGCCUCACCGUCCUCUUCUUCCGCUUCGACUGUCCCCGCUGCUCUGAGGGCUUCGUGCUCGACUACUUUCUCAUGUCCAUCGUCUGCAGCAAGCUGUGGGACUUGCUGUACAAGCUGCGCUUCGUGCUCACCUACAUCGCGCCCUGGCAGAUCACCUGGGGCUCUGCCUUCCACGCCUUCGCCCAGCCCUUUGCCGUGCCCCACUCGGCCAUGCUGUUUGUGCAAGCUGCGCUGGCUGCCAUCUUCUCGGCCCCGCUGACGCCCCUGCUGGGCAGCGCUGUCUUCCUCAUGUCCUACGCGCGGCCCCUCAAGUUCUGGGAACGCGACUACAACACAAAGAGGGUCGACCACUCCAAUACCCGCCUGGCCACCCAGCUGGACCGUAACCCUGGGGCGGAUGACAACAACCUGAAUUCCAUCUUCUACGAGCACCUGACGCGGUCGCUGCAGCAGACACUGUGCGGGGACCUGCUGCUGGGGCGGUGGGGCAACUACGUGGCCGGUGACUGCUUCAUCCUAGCCUCUGACUACCUCAAUGCCCUGGUGCACCUCAUCGAGAUUGGCAACGGGCUCGUCACCUUCCAGCUGCGUGGCCUCGAGUUCCGCGGCACAUACUGCCAGCAGCGGGAGGUGGAGGCCAUCACGGAGGGGGUGGAGGAGGACGAGGGCUGCUGCUGCUGCGAGCCAGGGCACCUGCCCCACGUGCUGUCCUUUAACGCGGCCUUCGGGCAGCGCUGGCUGGCCUGGGAGGUGGCCGCCACCAAGUACGUGCUGGAGGGCUACAGCAUCAGCGACAACAACGCUGCCUCCAUGCUGCAGGUCUAUGACCUCCGCAAGGUCCUCAUCACCUACUACGUCAAGAGCAUCAUCUACUACGUGACGCGGUCGCCCAAGCAGCAGGACUGGCUGCGGCACGAGGGCAUCCGUGAGGGGCUGCGCGGCGCCGUGGCGCCCGGCUAUGUCGAUACCGACCCCACCUUCAACCCCAACAUCGAUGAGGACUACGAUGAACGCGCGGCCGGCCUCACGCUGCCCGCCUUCCGCCACGCGCACCUGGCCUGGAUCCAGCACUGCGCCGCCCAGUGCCCCACGCCCAUGGACAAGGAGUGGGACUCUCCGUUGGUCACUCUCUGCUUUGGGCUGUGUGUGCUGGGCCGCCGGGCUCUGGGCACUGCCUCUCACAGCAUGUCGGCCAGCCUGGAGCCCUUCCUAUACGGCCUCCAUGCCCUGUUCAAGGGGGACUUCCGCAUCACCUCCCCCCGUGACGAGUGGGUUUUCGCCGACAUGGACUUGCUGCACCGCGUCGUGGCGCCCGGCGUGCGCAUGGCCCUCAAGCUGCACCAGGACCAUUUCACGUCACCAGACGAGUACGAGGAUCCGGCCGUGCUGUACGAGGCCAUUGCAGGGCACGAGCAGCGCCUAGUGAUCUCGCAUGAGGGUGACCCGGCCUGGCGUGGUGCCAUCCUGGCCAACGCGCCCGCUUUGCUGGCCCUGCGCCACGUGCUGGACGAUGCCGCCGAUGAGUACAAGGUGGUGACUUUGCACCGCCGCCACCUCGGCUUCCGCGUCAUCAAGGUGAACCGGGAGUGCGUGCGGGGGCUGUGGGCCGGGCAGCAGCAGGAGCUGGUUUUCCUGCGCAACCGCAACCCGGAGCGCGGCAGCAUCCAGAACGCCAAGCAGGCGCUGCGCAACAUGGUGAACUCCUCGUGCGACCAGCCCGUGGGCUACCCCAUCUACGUCUCGCCCCUCACCACCUCCUACGCCGGCCCCCACGCCCAGCUGCGCCGCCUGGCCGGGCCCCCGCCCAGCCCCCGCGCCAUCGCCGACUGCCUGCUGCGCACCUGGCACCGGUGGGUGCGGGCAGCACCGCGCUGGGGGGGGAUGAGGGGCAGCUGGGUGCAGGGGGUGCGGGCAGCACCGCGCUGGGGGGGUAUGAGGGGCAGCUGGGUGCAGGGGAAGGCGGCCUGA